AUGGCAGCACUCGUGGUGCUCCUGUCCUUGUUGGCGGCGGGUGUUUUGGGGAAUGAGUUUAGUAUAUUAAAAUUACCAGGGUCUGUUGUUUUCCGAGAUGGAAAUUGGCGUAUACCUUGGCCAGGAGUUGCAGUGGGUAACCUGUUCCAUUGACCUCGGGCUACCAUUUUGGUGAUGGAGAAGGGAGUAGACAAACUUGCUCUACCCCCAGGCAGUGUAAUUUCGUACCCUUUGCAGAAUGCAGUUCCUUUUAGUCUUGACAGCGUUGUAAAUUCCAUUCACUCCUUAUUUUCUGAAGAAACUUCUGUAGUUUUGCAGUUGGCUCCCAGUGAGGAGAGAGUGUAUAUGGUGGGGAAGGCAAACUCGGUUUUUGAAGAUCUCUCCCUAACGUUAGGACAGCUCCGCAAUUGCCUGUUCCAGGAAAACUCUGCUCUCAAUUCACUUCCCCUCAAUUCUCUGAGUAGGAACAUUGAAGUAGAUCUGCUCUUUCUUUCUGAAUUGCAAAUGCUACAUGAUAUUUCAAGUUUGUUGUCUCGACAUAAGCAUCUAGCCAAGGAUCAUUCUCCUGAUUUAUAUUCACUGGAGCUGGCAGAUUUGGAUGAAAUUGGGAAACAUUAUGGGGAAGAUUCUAAACAAUUCAGAGAUGCCUCCAAGAUCCUUGCUGAUGCUCUGCAAAAGUUCACAGAUGACAUGUACAACCUUUAUGGUGGGAAUGCAGUGGUGGAGUUAGUGACCAUCCAAUCAUUUGACACAUCUCUUGUCAGGAAGACAAGGACUAUUCAUGAGGCAAAACAAGCGAAGAACCCAUCAAGCCCCUAUAACCUCGCAUAUAAAUAUAACCUUGAGUAUCCAGUGGUUUUCAACAUGGUACUUUGGAUAAUGAUCACCUUGGCCUUGGCUGUGAUUAUCACCUCUUACAAUAUAUGGAACAUGGAUCUUGGAUAUGACAGCAUUAUUUAUAAGAUGACAAACCAGAAGAUUCGAAUGGAUUGA